AUGUCACCCAACGGAGACAGCGGCGUUCAGGGCGACUUUGCCAUGUCCGCCUCGCUCUUCCCGCUGGAAGACGCGGGAUCCGCGCACAGCGUACCGCUUGAGCAGUCUUCGCCGCAGUCUGACUCGAGCCGCGCCAUGUCGGAGGGCGCCGCGCCGCCAUCGUGCUCGCACCAGGCCGAGGGCAGCGGCAGCGGCAGCGGCAGCGGCAGCGUGCGCAAGCGAGUCUACCGCGCCUGCGAGGUGUGCCGGCGCAAGAAGGUCAAGUGCAACGGCAAGAAGCCGUGCAGCCACUGCAUCGCCUUUGUCGAGGAAUGCCACUACGCCGAUACAAAAGACCGCACGGCCUACAGUAGGAGGUACGUUGAGUCGCUCGAGCAGCGUCUGGCCAAGAUGGAGCAGGCCUUCCUUCUGUCCUGCGACGACCAGCGGCUGCGGCUGGCGGACGGUAACGCGUCGCAGUCAGACGCCGCAUCUCCUGUCACCGAGAUGGUUGCACCACCACCCCUGCCGAAACCCAAGGAAGAGCGCGAGGAUCACAGCAUGGACCUCAACCCCUCAAGCGUGCAGCCAAACUCGACGGGCAUCGACGAUCGGCGCGACCUCGGCGUUCUCAGGCCCGACCGAGAUCACCACCUGAGAUACGCUGGGCCUGGCUCCACCCUUGCGCUGGUCACGGAUCUGAGCGAAGCCAGCAGCGCGUGCGCCCCCGGCAACCCUGGCGGCGUCGCCGUGGGGCGGACUCAGUAUGAUUCCCUCUUCUUCGGCUCGAACGAUGCAUCCACGUUUCCGCCCUCCUCGGCCCUCGGCGAGACCGGCAGCAUCACCCUCCCGCACAGGUCGGUGAGCGACCGAUUCGUCCAGGUCUUCUUUGACCGCAUCCAUCCCGUCUUUCCGGUCCUCUGUCGGGACAGCUUCACCGCCGCAUACGAGGGUCUCUUUCAGGCACCUUCGGCGGCCAGCCAGACGGCUGACGUCGCCUUGCUCGCCACGGUCUCGGCAUUGCUGGCAUGCGGUGAGCUUGCGUCCUGCCAGCUCGAGCGCGGAGAAACGGGCCAGAACAACGUGACCGAGGCCCCGUUCUGCGCUUCCGGCGGCUUCGACGCUUCGCCACUCGGUAGUCGGGCGGGCGCCGCAUCGUCGUACUUUUCGCAGUGCCACGACCUUGGCCUCCGCUGCUUGGCCGAACCGCGCAUCGAGACUGUCCAGCUCGCAUUGUUGCAGGCGUACUACAUGGCGUCUACAGGCUCUCCCGCCAAGGCCUGGAUCUGCGCUGGUCACGCGACGCGCCUGGCCCAGGACCUCGGUCUGCAUCGCAACGUCGACCACGCUACGCUCUCGCCUCAAGACAGGGAGCUGCGUCGGCGCACCUGGUGGUGCGUAUACGUCAUGGACAGGCUGCUUGGCAUCAGCCUCGGCAGGCCCUUCGGCAUCGAGGACGAUCACAUCGACGCCCAGCUGCCAUUUGGCGACCGCGACUCUCUCAAGCUCCUGAUGCCCGGAUUCAUCGCGCUCAUCUGCCUUACUCGGCAGGCCGGUCGCGUCGCCCGGACGAUCGCCAAGCUGCACCAGGCCCGCGUGCGCGGCAACGUGCAUGCCGAGGUCGCGCUGUUGCAGAAGCUGCGAACCCACGAUGCUGCACUCGACUCGUGGCAGGCCUCGCUACCGGAGACGUUGCGGAGCAGGGACGGAAGUCAGGAUCCGGCCGACGCCCUCACCGUCCAGAGCUGCGUGGCCUAUUCACAGCUUCACACCACCCGGAUGCACCUGCAAAUGACGCUCCUCCGCGACUCGAACCUGCUUCAGACCAUGUCGAGCAUCGAGCAGGAAAAGACGGACCUGGCGCGAUGCACGCAGACGGCGCUGCACAUCAUCAAGGCGACGUCGAGGACGGCCAGGCUGAUGCCGCCGGGUCACUAUCUUGCCGAGUACUCUCGGUAUCUCAUCGUCGCAGGUGGCUUCCUCGCUUCGAGCGCAGCAAAGGAUCAGCAGGCGAACGCCUUUCAGCUGCUGAACGAGGCCGAGGAGGCAAUCAACAGCUUCCGGCACCUCGUACCCUUGCAUCUCGCCGCGGCCGAGCAUCGCCGCGUCCUGAUCGGCAUCGUCCGCGGGAUGCGGUCGAGGGUGGGUGCGCUCGGUGCCGCCACGCCCCUUUGCAUGGCGACGCAGCAGGACACGGCAAGGACGGGUCGAAGCGUCAAGAGGGGCGUCACGCAUCCUGCCGAUCUGAGGAGGCCCCUCACGGGUCCUCCCCCGGCGGCGAUGGCGACUUCGACGGCGGUGAUGUCCGAAAAGAGGAGGAGGUGCACCGUCUCGACCUACCCGGUUCCGCUCAGCCACACUGCGGCCAACACCAUCGGCACCGCCAGGCUCGGUGUAGGCGUGGAAGGCGGCGGCGGCGGCGGCACGACUACGCCCGCGACAUUCGACGUCGACUGGACGUUGUCGUUCGCCGCGUACGAUCUGGGCGCGUACCAGCGAGGUUGCCAUCCGGACCUGCUUCACGCUCCGCCAUCGCAUCACUACCAGGCCCAGCCGUCCUCGACGGGAGGCGGUGGCGGGGAGACGACGAUGCAGACUCCGCGAUCGCACCUCGACGACGUCUCGUCCGUCCGACACGGCGCGCCGGCCUCGACUGCGCUCUCGUCGCAGCACCACCAGCUCGGCGGCACACCCCUACUCGGCGCCUCUCCUUACACGCCGCUCAACUGUGCCCCGAGCGGUAUGGCCGGCUCCUCCAGCCCCCUCUUCUCUCCACCGUCGUCGACGAUGCACAGGGCCCAAGAGACGGUGCAGCAGCAGCAGCAGCAAGCGAACGACAGCCUCUUUUCCCCGCUCUCCACCUUCGAUCUUCCCCUCGGCUACCAGUAUCCCCAACAACCCUUUUCGACGCACGGGCCGAACAUGCACGAGUCCAUGAUCGUCCAGCAGCAGGGACCGACGCCGGGAGGUGCAGAGGAGCAGCACCGCGAUGCCGCCGAGAGGAUGCAGGACGCGAGUACCGCGCCUCCUUCCUCGCUCGCCUUCUUUGGCCAGCCUGCCAACCUCGAUCUGCACUAG